GUAGCAGAUGCAGUUUGGAACUUUACUAGAUUCCCCUGAACGCCUCACUUUACACAAGCGGUGACAGUCUGGCGAAGCUCCGUAACUCGCAGCACCGCGAAGACCAACUGAAGCAACAUCCCUCAUCUGCAGCUUCUUUACAUCAUGGACGGGAAACAAAUCAUCAACUUUGGAGCUGGACCUGCCAAACUACCUCAGUCUGUGCUGCUUCAAGCUCAGAAGGAGCUUCUUAGCUACGGUGGCCUUGGGAUCAGUGUUCUUGAGAUGAGCCAUCGAUCAGCAGAUUUCAACAAAAUCAUCAACAAGUCAGAGAGUCUGCUUCGAGAAUUGUUAGAUAUCCCAAACAACUACAAGGUGUUGUUUCUGCAGGGCGGGGGCUCUGGACAGUUCAGUGGCGUUCCCCUCAACCUGAUAGGUCUAAAAGAGGACAGGUGCGCCGACUACCUGGUGACCGGCACGUGGUCAGCUAAAGCUGCAAAAGAAGCAGAGAAAUAUGGCAAAGUCAACAUCAUCCACCCGAAACUGGACAGUUACACGAAAAUUCCCGACCCCAGCAGCUGGACCCUGAACCCAUCCGCAUCGUACGUGUACUACUGCUGCAACGAGACGGUCCACGGUGUGGAGUACAACUUCACGCCUGAAACCAACGGCGUGGUCCUUGUCAGCGACAUGUCCUCCAACUUCCUGUCACGGCCCGUAGAUGUAUCAAAGUUUGGGCUCAUUUUUGCUGGCGCCCAGAAGAACGUAGGUUGCGCCGGCGUUACAGUGGUCAUCGUGCGAGAAGACCUGCUGGGCCACGCCCUAAAGGAGUGCCCCAUUGUGCUGGACUACAAGGUGCAGGCUGACAUGAACUCCCUCUACAACACUCCUCCAUGUUUUAGCAUCUACAUCAUGGGUCUGGUUCUGGAGUGGAUCAAGAAUAACGGAGGUAGCGCUGCCAUGGAAACACUCAACAAGCAGAAGUCCUCCAUGAUUUAUGACAUCAUCAACUCUUCAAAUGGUUUUUAUGUAUGUCCUGUGGACGCUGCGUGUCGGAGCCGCAUGAACGUGCCUUUUCGUGUUGGGAAGAAAGAAGGAGAUGAGUCUUUGGAGAAGUUGUUUCUGGAGGGUGCAGCCAAGCGUGGAAUGAUUUCACUGAAAGGACACAGGUCAGUGGGAGGAAUGCGUGCAUCCUUGUACAACGCUGUAACUCUGGAGGACACUGCAGCCCUUGCAGACUUCAUGAGAAGUUUCCUCAAAGAGCACCAGUAAACUAACAGCACUUAAAAGCACAAGUUGUCACUUUGUUUUGGAAGAUUUUCAAAGUAAAUGUUGAAAUUUAAUGUAUUGAAAACGGUUAUGAAUUAUUCUCAAUGGACUAACCCCACUAAUUCCAAAUUAGUCUUAUUUACGUAUGUUUUAUGUAGCAGAUUGCUUUAUUUUUGUUGACUAAUACUAUUUUAGGUCCUGGUACUUACAUUACAAUAAAUGUACUUUGGAAAUGUUCUU